AUGUCUAUAAUAUGUUUAUCAAUACACUUGUGCCUUUUUUGUUUUCGGACCUGUUUCCACAAAGGUUUUAGACUGAGUGCUUCUCGCCGCUCGCUUUCAAGUCUUUCUGCUUCGCAGGGCUUAGAGUUUGCCCAGGAACUGGUCGGAGACAAUGAGCGGCAGCUCUUGUCGGAGUUCCGACGUUGUUACAGAGAAAAUCCUUAUCCAGAGAAGUUGAAUUUGUUCUUUCCAAACGAAGAACGGAUCAUCUCGUUGCUCUAUGCCUCGACGUCCUCCUAUACGUCGUCCAGUUUUUUGAGCACCGUGGAUCGCAUCUUCCGACAACUUCAUGCGUGGCCGUCCGCAUGGCCUCUCUGUCGGAAGCUUUUGUCUCCAGAGCAUCCCUGGUCAGAAGCCUAUAGCAAGCAAAUCAUUGCUGAAGGUUUCUGGUCUCCCUUUGAUUUCUUCACGGUGGAUUUAAGCACGUUGCGGCCCUUACAGCGAUAUCCAUUGGAAGAACUCCGGCAGCAGUCCUCAACAGGCUUUCGAGUCGUGGAACGUUGGCUGAAGAAAUUGGAAGAAGAAGGGGAGACUGAUGAAAAGCUACAAGGAUUCUUGAAGAAGUUUCUGGAGCAAGACAAGAUCAAUUCGAAAGAACAAGUGAUGCGUUUACGUCCUUUGGAGGAUUUGCUGGAGUAUUUGCUCUCAACUCUCGUCGAUCGAAUCUUCGAGAUUUCGGACAGCGACGCGAUGACGGCGAUCGUCACGGCCCGAGACCUGCGACAACGGACCAUUCUCCACGUGGCGGCCGAACAAGGCAACAGCAUUUUGGCCGAACAGUUCUUACAAUCCGUUGCAGAAGAGAACCGAAAAGACUUUGCCACUGCCAAAGAUGCCGGAGGCUACUCUGCCGGAGAUCUAGCACUCUUAGCUGGAUACACGUCGACGGCAGAGAAGAUCCAGUCCCUAGGUGUUCCACCCACGGUGGAAUGGUUAAAGGAGUAUUCCAAGACAUCCAAGACAUCGACAUCUCAAUCGUCCUCUCUCUGUGAGAUCGAUGCGAUUUCGGUGGAUCAAUUCGAUUGGACCGUCUUUCAGACACAUUAUGUGGCGCCACGGCGACCGUUGUUGAUCAAGGGCGGUGUGAAGAUGAGCGUCAGUGACCGAGUGAAGUUCACACGAGACGGUCUCCUACAGAUCGCCGGAACAAGGCCCGACGACUUUCGAAAUGUACCGGCUGUCGAGAUGCCGCUACAAGACUAUGUGAAUUUCUUAGAUCAAAGAGAUCAAGAAAGCGACUUUGAGCGUUCUGAAAAGUUGAGCUACAUUUUUGAACGUCUGAAAGACGAUGAAGGGCCUUUGAGUUUCGCCCGAAGUCCUCCCAAGCUCUUCAAAGAGCACAUCAAGCUGCGUGCUGCACAGUUCUCUCUCGGUGGUCAACUCAUGGGCAGCACCUUGGCCUUUCAGAGAGGUCCAUUGCAUUAUCACGUGGAUGCGGUGAAUUCGUUGAUCUACGGCCGGAAGCUUUGGUUUCUGAAGCCGCCCGCCGAGCAGGAGUUCCGCAAGACCGUCGUCUACGAGGACCUGGCAAAGAGCGGAGGUCCUCAGGGGCUCCGAGUGAUCCAGGAGGGCGGCGAUUUGCUCUACGUGCCGCAGGAUUGGGCACAUGGUGCGCUUUGCCUCAAGCAAUGCAUCGGCCUGGCUCACGAGUUCGACGUGGUCUUUCGUGACGCGGGACCCGUCUCCGUCGAGACGGUGAAUGCUGGGCUCGGUGUGGCUCUCGCCGGCAUUGCCUUCUUCUCCUUUGGGAUCAUCACCUGGUUUGUACAGCAUGUUUAG